CAAAAGAACAAAUUUACAGGGUACGAUUUAUUUUCAUCAUGUGAAGGAAUCAGAUUUUAAGCCAAAUCGUUAUUAUACUUGUACUGCUGAAAAUACGAAAUUGAAAGAUUAUAAAUUUGGUAGUCAGUUUCGUUUAGAUGUUACAAAGAAUCGACGACGAGCAUUAACAUCACCAAUUCCACCUGCCGAACAGUACGUCAAUCAAAGCUCACCAAUUGCUCUGCAAGGAACGUUGCAUAAAUUACAUUGCUUCUUUAGUGGUUUUCCAGAACCAAAACCAGUUUGGCGACACAAUGGUGUUGAUAUACGCGAAGAUGAUCCGAAAUAUAGUUUUGAAGCAUAUGGCAAAACAUUGGUAUUUAAUGUAACGAUAGAAAGUGCUGGCGUUUAUGAAUGCACAUUUCAGGCACAAUCGAGUCUUGAUCGAAGAUUUAAUGUGAUUGUUGAAGCUGCCCCAUAUUGGCUGACAGGUCCACCACCAAAUAAACGAACAAGUGAAGGUGAAGAUGUUACAUAUGAUUGUUCAGCUAGUGGUAAACCAACGCCCACUAUUACAUUUUAUAAAAACGGUGUUGAAAUGAAAGAGAAAGAAAGUAAUAAAGAUCGGAAUUGGGCGAUUGAUGGCAGUUUAUUAACAUUAUAUAAUGUAAAGAAAGGAAUACAUGGUAAUGGUGAUAAUGCGGUUUAUCAGUGUAAAGCUGAAAAUAAACAUGGUUAUGUAUGGGCGAAUUUUUAUUUGAAUUUAUUAGCAUUCAAACCACAGUUAUUGUCCGAUUCGGGAGAAAUAGAAGCAGUUAUUGGUCAACAAGUAAUAUUAACAUGCAAAUUUUUUGCUUCACCGAAUGUUAAUAUAACUUGGGAAAGUAAUGUUUUAAAUGGUAUUGCGCAUCAUAUAUCACCAGCAGAUGCUGAUGGUCAAGGGAAAUUGAUCAUGGAUGCGGUUGGAAAAGAUGCAGAAGGUGAAUAUAUUUGCGUCGGUGCAAACAAAUAUGGUAAAGCUAACGGGUCAGCCCGCCUUAUUGUUAGAGAAGCAACGCGAUUGGACCCAUUCGAAAACUAUGUACAGAAUGUGCUUGCUGGCCAAAAACUAGACUUAAAAUGUGACGCAAAACAUGAUGAGCAUCUCGAUGUCACUUACGAAUGGCUUGUUGAUGGAAAACCACUUCCCGAGCAACAUCUUGAAUCAGGUCAUUAUCGCAUAGCAGAUACAAAUUCAUUAAUUAUUACUAAUCCUGCUAGAUAUGAUGCCGCUAAUUAUACUUGUAUUGCAAGAACACAUCUUGAUAAAGCUGAAAAAACUAUUCAAAUCCGAGUUGAUGAUGUGCCAAAUCCAAUUCAUUCGGCUUUCCUUUCUAAAUGUGAUGGUACAGCCCAGGUUGCUACGAUCAAAUUUGAGUACAUGGAGGACAGUGAUUUUGGUUUACCUGUGAAAGAAAUAUGGUGGGGUCCAGUUUAUUUUAUGUUAACGGCGCAAUAUCAAAUUGAUGUGGAAACUGAUGGAUCAAUUUGGCUAACACAUCCACAUCCUGCUCUCGCUGAUUCAAUUCAAGCAGUAGAAAAUAAUCAACGUAUUUUGAAAGGAUCUCUCGAUGUUUCUAUGCGACCAUUUGGAAAGUAUCAUUUUCGUGUAUUCGCCCGGAAUGAUUUUGGUGAUGGAUCGCCAUCAAAUGUUAAAGGAAUUUGCGAAACACCAGCUAGAGUGCCGGACAAGAAUCCUGAAGGCGUUUAUGUUGCUGGUUCUCGGCCUGAAAAUUUAAUUGUUUUUUGGAAGCCGAUGCCAAGGGAAGAUUGGAAUGGCCGCAAUUUCCAUUAUGUUAUUAAAUAUCGUCCAUCCGGAUCGAAUAGCGAUUGGAAGGAAGAAGUAGUCAACGAUCCAUACAGUGAUCGUCAUACAAUUGAAUUAUCCACUGAGGAGCCAUUCCGUCCAUACGAAAUACAAGUUCGCGCUGUAAACGAAUUAGGGACAUCAAAUAUUGCUCCACAAACCAUAGAAGGUUAUACAGGUGAAGGUGACCCUGGCUUUACUCCGACUGGCUUUAAAUUAAUUGAAGCUUCUUCUGAUUCCGCAGUAUUUGAAUGGGAUCCUAUUGAUCCUCAUCAAGUGCAAGGAAAUUUCACUGGCAUUAAGAUUACUCACUGGCAUGAGGAAGAUGAUGAAGAAUAUGAAAGGGAAGCGAAACGAAGGAAGCGUGCCGUAAACCAGGUUUGGUAUUCAGUGGCUAGAAGGAAACGCAAUUCAGUACCAGAUGUUGUUGAAAGUGAACGGAAGAGUGUCAUAUUUUCACCUGAUAAAAAAAAAGCAGUUGUGUUUGGUCUACGCCCAAAUAGCGUCAAUUAUGCACAAAUAUCUGUAUUAAAUGGACAAAAUGAAGGAGCUCCUACUGAACCAAUUGCAUUUAGGACCAAAGAAGGAGUGCCCACUCCAGUAAGAAACCUAGAAGUUUAUCCAAUGAAUAAUCGUGAUGCUGAAGAACGUGGAGUUGUAAUUGUCAGAUGGAAAAGGCCGAAAUUUUAUAAUGGAAUUUUAAAUGGUUAUACGAUUGAAACAUGUGCAAUAAGUGAUGACGGUAUACUCGCAAAUCGUGGAAUUUGCCCCCAAAGGUGGACUGGUGUAUAUGAGAAUUCAUUAAGAAUAACAGAUUUGGAUUAUGACAGGAGAUAUCGUUUUGUUGUUUAUGGAACCACAAAUGCCGGCAAAGGUGAUCCGAAUUCGAGAGAUGCUAGGACAUUGCCUGAAUUUGUUAAUAUGAACUUUAUUUUUUUCGUGCCGAAACUAUUAGUUUUAGUGGAACCAAUGCAGCCAGUAUUGGAAGAAAGUGGUGUUGGUGAUGAUUAUAUAAAUGUAACAUUAACGCCUGGUGAUUAUGAUAAAAGCCAAGAACGACCUGUCGGCAAUGGAAUGUAUGUGAAAUAUCGAAAGGCUGGUGAUGAUAAGUGGCAAACUGUUAAACCGGAAGGCUGGGAAUCAUUAACGCUAAUAUAUGCACUGCUUUAUUCCUUCACUGACGAUAAUUUAUCGGUGCAUAUUGGUAAUUUGGAGCCUGGGACGAAAUAUGAUAUAGCAGUUGUAUCUUUGCAGCAAGAUCCGUCUGGUUUUACGCGAGAGACUGAAUCAAGUAUUGCGCAUAUAAGUACCACUGGUGCUCCAGUGCGUAGUGCUCGGGUUUGGUGGUUGAUCAUAAUUAUGCUAGUUAUUUUGUUACUAUGUAUUAUUCUAUGUAUUGUUUGUGUUGCUGCCAGGCAAAGAGGUGCGAAAUAUCCUGUUUCUGAAAAAGAAAAACAACAAGGUAGACAACCAAUAUUGGCAACUGGUAAAGAACGUGGCUUUGGUGAAUAUAUCAAACCGCAAGAUGAUGAAAAAAAGUCUUUAACCGGUAGCAAAGCUGAAUCAGAAACUGAUUCAAUGGCUGAAUAUGGUGAUACUGAUCCUGGUCGAUUUACCGAGGACGGUUCUUUUAUAGGUCAGUAUGUGCCAAAUAAAACAUUGGUUAGUUCAUCAGGUGAUAAACCUGGAAGGGAUUCUGCAUCAACAUUCGUUUAA